CACAAACCUCUACAAUGAAACACAAAAAUUGAGAAAAUGGAAAACACACAGAGAAAGUUAAGCUUGUUGGUAUUGUGUUUCCUUGUGGGAACGAUGUUAGUGAGUGGUCAGAGUGCAAACAACGUAAGGGCAACAUACAAUAAUUACAACCCUCAGAAUAUUAACUGGGACUACAACACUGCCAGUGUAUACUGUGCUACCUGGGAUGCCAACCAGCCCUUGUCAUGGCGUAGCAAAUAUGGUUGGACUGCCUUUUGUGGACCAGCUGGGCCAACAGGCAGAGAUUCUUGCGGCAAAUGCUUGACUGUGACAAAUACUGCAACUGGAGCUCAGGUAACAGUGAGAAUAGUGGACCAAUGCUCCAACGGUGGACUUGACUUAGAUGUGAAUGUCUUCAAUCAAAUUGAUACCAAUGGACAGGGCGUUCAGAAUGGUCACCUUACAGUUAACUAUAGCUUUGUUAAUUGCGGUGAUUAAUUGAUUCAUUCAGCAGUGUGAAUGAAUCACUCUUUGUAAUAAAAAUUAUAUAAGUAGUACUGCUGCUUUCUUAUAACACCAUAAAUAAAACUAAUGAGUGGUGCUACGUGUAUACUUUAAUUGGAUGAAAUUUAUGAUGAAUCUAUACUUGUUCUUCUCUUGUUGUUUACUG